AUGGCCCCCACCCGCUCCACCUCCGACCCGUGCUCCGUGUGGUCCUCCUCCUUGCGUCCGCCACUCGACCUCCAGCCCGCGGUCCUGCCAGAGGACGACGACGGCGACGACGAUCGGGCGGUCGCGGAGCUCCUCAACGCGGCACUGGAGGGCGACCUCUCCCGCGUUAAGAAGCUGGUGAAGGAUCUGAGCGAGGCGGGGAAGGGCGUGGACGAGGCGGUGGCGGCCGCAGCCGUCGGCGUGACGGGGACCAAGCGCCGCGGGCCUCUCCACAUGGCUGCCGCGAACGGGAACGCGGAGAUGUGCCGGUUCCUGACCAAGACUUGCGACGUCGAUGUCGAUGCGACCGAUUCUGAUGGUGCGACUCCUCUAAUUUUUGCAAUACAAGGUCUGGGAUCCACUACAAUUGUAAGGCUUCUACUCAACAAUGGAGCCAAUCUAAACAAAGCAGAUAACAGUGGGGUUGCUCCGCUCCAUAUCGCUGCAGAAAGAGGUUUCUAUGAAGUAGCAGAGCUGUUAUUGUCCAGGGAAGCUAAGGUUGACCUUAUGUGUGAAAAUGGUGGGGCGCCAAUACAUAUUGCUGUUGAAAAUGGACAUGCUAAAAUGCUGAAGCUAUUGUUGCAGCAUAUAACAGACGUAAUAACUUCAUGA